AUGCUGUCAUUCAAAAGAGACUACACAACUAGGGCUAUUACUUCAAAAUUUAAGCUUUUACCCGAAUAUAAACUCAAAUGCGGACUUGAAAUUCAUACCCAAUUGAGUACUAUCAAUAAGCUAUUCUCAUUAUCCACAAACAACCCUUUUGCUGAUAUUGAGAAGCCCAACUAUCAUACUUCAUAUUUUGACAUUUCUCUUCCAGGAACACAGCCGCUUUUAAACUACGAGGUUGUGCUAUAUGCGCUAAGGUUAUCUUUAGCAUUGAAUUGCAAAGUAAAUCUAAAUUCGCAUUUUGACCGAAAACAUUACUUCUAUGGAGAUCAACCUUUGGGGUAUCAAAUUACUCAACAUUACAGUCCCUUUUCUAGCGCUGGGAAACUGCGAUUGUUCAAAGAGCUUGAUGCCAUCGAUGAACCAUUUAAGGAUAUCGCAAUUACACAAUUGCAGAUUGAACAAGAUACCGGUAAGUCAACAUACGAUGCAACAGACUCAAUGACCAAGAUUGAUUUGAACAGAUCCAAUGUUCCAUUGAUAGAGAUGGUUACAGAACCUGAUUUUACAGAUCUCAAGCAGAUUAGAGCUUUUAUUAAGAAAUACCAAAAUCUUGUCAGACAUCUAAAAAUCUCAACUGGUGAUCUAGAAACAGGUGCAAUGAGAGUGGAUGUCAAUCUUUCAAUUAAUGAUCAUGCCCGUGUUGAGCUAAAGAAUUUACCAAAUACUAGCUCUAUCAACAAUGCUAUAAAAUAUGAGUACAUGAGACAGGUAAAAUUGAUACAAAACGGCGAAGGCAAUAAACUAAACCACCCAGAGACCAGAGGAUGGACAGGCUCAGAGACUGUCAAACUUAGAAGCAAGGAGAGUGUCAUUGACUAUAGGUAUAUGCCUGAUCCAGAACUACCAAAUAUCAGUUUAGAUAAUGGUGUCGUUGAUGACGUGCAGAAGACUUUACCAUUAUCUCCUGAUGAUAUUUGCAAUAGCUUGCUUCAUGAACCUUAUAAACUAUCGUUAAAAGAUGCAAAAAUCUUAACCUUCAACAGUAAUGGAAGAGACGAUUUAUACUCGAAUGAAGAAUUAAGAGACUAUUAUUUGGAAACUUUUAAGGCAUACAAAGUGUUAUGUGAUAAACAAAAUAUACAGUUCGUACGAAAAUUACCAGCUAACUGGAUCAUCCAUGAAUUAUUGGGAAAUAUGAACAAACUGGAGGUCCCAUUAAAAAAUCUACGCUGUAUUUUACCCCCAGAAAAAUUUGCUGACUUACUUGUGUUGAUUUCAGAUCAAACACUCAGUAACUCUAGCGGGAAACUUUUACUAUCACAUAUCUUAAACAAUUUCAAAGAGAAUCCACACGAUCUAAACAAAAAUAUAGAUUUCGAAGCAUUAAUUGACGAAUAUGACCUUCACGCAGUUUCAAAUGUAAAUGAUGAAGAACUCGAAGCCAUAUGCCGUCAAAUUACUAAUGAGCUUAAUAAUGAUAAGAUGAUUAGAGACAUUGUUUCCGGAAAAAAGAAGGGCUCACUAAAAUUCCUUGUUGGACAAGGAAUGAGGUUAUCACAAGGUAGAGUGAGUGCCCAAAAGUUUGAGCAAACAUUUAAGAAGAUUCUAAAUGUAAACUGGUGA